AGAAAGAGAAUGACCAGAGGAAAAGGUGGAAAGGGAAGGAAUUAUUGGCGAAGACGGACUACCGAAGAAUAGCGAAGUGCCGCCUAAAGAGAGUGCGGACCGUAACCCGAGUGAGAGUCAGGCGUAGUCCUCUUCUGUGUUGCCUCUUCCUCACCUCCGAGGUGAAUUUCUUUGAAAUCUAAAGCGAGAGAGAUCGAGGUAUCUCAACUUCUUCCCCGUUGCUCCUGCCUCCUGCCUCCUUUAGUCGAUCGCAGGGCUUGCACGGCGGGAAGAAGAAGAAGCGUUGUCGAUCUCAAAUCGUUGUAGAUCGGACGCAAAGGAAGGUGCUGAAGUAGGGCUUGCUUUGCCCUAAGGUCGAGGGAGGGAGAACUUAAGCACUGGAAUUGGGCUGCGAUUGUUUUUCAACUGGUGCAUUUGGUUGACGCAGCAAUGGCGAGCGAGGAACCAUUAGACCGAGAUGCGCUGUUUAGAAAGCUCAGAGCUAAGUCAGAGAACAAGAUGUGUUUCGAUUGCAACGCCAAGAAUCCAACAUGGGCAUCAGUUACGUAUGGAGUGUUCAUCUGCCUCGACUGUUCAGCCCUUCACCGCAGCCUUGGUGUCCAUAUCAGUUUCGUCAGGUCUACAAGUCUCGACUCGUGGAAUCAAGAUCAACUGAAGUUGAUGUCCUUUGGUGGGAACGGACGAGGGAGAGUUUUUUUUAAGCAGCAUGGUUGGACCGACGGUGGCAAGAUUGAAUCAAAGUACACAUCAAGAGCUGCUGAGCUCUACCGACAGCUCCUCAUCAAAGAAGUUCAGAAAAGCUCUUCUCUGAGUGCAGCCGCCUUCGCAGCUGCUGCCGCCUCUUCUGCUGUUUCAGAGCCUGAUUUUUUUCCUUCCUUUGAUAGUCCAAAACAAGUAAACGGCCAUAAUGAUGAGAGAAAAGGAGAAGAAAGAGAACUCUUUUUUGAACAAGCAGCAUCUGCUCCUGCGCCUGUUGCUCGCCCAACUCCAAGCUCUGCCACAAGAAAGCCUCCAGUCCUUGGUGCAAGGAAAUUAACUGGUGGUAAAGUUGGUGGUGGCCUGGGAGUCAGAAAACUCACAACCAAGUCAAGUGAUAGCAUAUAUGACCAAAAGCCAGUUGAACCUCCUCCAGAGCCAGUAGUUUCUUCGACAAAUUCUGUUGUUCAAUCUGCACCCAGGGCUUCUCGAUUUGUCUACACUGAUGACCAAGUUAGCAACACCAGUAGCUCCGCAACUGGUCAUGUCUCAGCACCUUCAACAGCUGGAGAUUUUUUUAAUGAGUUCGGGAGUAACUCUGAUAACCGGAGACAAACUGGCAGUUCUAGCCGUGCGAAGGUUCAGAUCGAGGACAGCGGUGAAGCGCAGAAGAAGUUUGCUAAUGCAAAGUCUAUCUCAUCUGCUCAAUACUUUGGGGACCAGAAUAAGGCUGGCGAUUCAGAAAGUCAAGUGCGGUUGCAGAAGUUCGCUAGCUCAAAUGCGAUCUCAAGCGACGACUUUUUCGACCGUGACGAAGGUGGUGGUAGUCCAUCAGCUGUUGAUCUGAGUCCCAGUGAAUUGAUGAACAAGCUCACUCAGCAGGCUUCACAGGAUAUGUCAACGCUGAAAAAUCUUGCCGGAGAAACUGGGAAGAAGCUGACUUCCAUUGCAUCCAGUCUUAUGGCAGAUCUGCAAGAUCGCAUUAGAUAAGAAUAGCAGCUCUGAAUUCUUUGUGGACCCUUGACGAUGAAAACUAAUCUGCGGAUGGAAGUCUUUGUGAGGCUCUAAAUUAGCUUGUCCCGGUAAGGACGAUCUUGAGUACUUACUCUGUCCAUCUAGACCUUGAAGCUUCACGCCGUGUUUUCUGGUCUCAGAACUUCACUCUAUAUUCUUUAUACAGGCUUGUGAAAAUAAUGAUAUUAGUCUCAAAUUUAUCUCCCCAUGUGAGAAGUGCGAGGCUCGAGAUAGUCCGAUGGGGAUAGUUGCGACCAUCCUGUAAGAUGUUGUAUCACUGUCAGAUUCAGUCAAUUUACAAGAGCAUUAUAAGCUUUCCAUUCCUGCUGUCACUAAAGGGUAAAUGGCGUAGUUGUGUUCCAGUGUUACACAAUGUUGAUUUUUGUUUCAAAUGCCUUGAGUAUCAUGAAUUGAGCCGUCAUUAUCAAUAUGA